GGAUGCGCCCACAGGGAGAGUGUAGCUGAAGGUUGAGUGACGCAGGCAGUCGUGGCACCUGUAUUGUGCGAGGGAGUGCAGAAGGAUCCAUCCAAGAAACGUUUGAGCUCAGUACGGGUAGUCCAUAAAUGUUUUGUUUCUUUCUUCUGCGAACUGUUUGACCUUAGAAAUCCUGACAUGUUCUUGUCUUCUUUCAAACACAGACACCUGUUGUUCGUUAUCUUUGCAAUAGGGGAUACGUUGGAUACGACAACGAACCCGAGACCCGUCCGAAUAAACCGCCGAUCGUUACGAUGAGAUAGGUGGCGCAUUAAAGAGUCUUCCGCAUAAGGAAGGUAGGAAACAACAACACGGUAAGGCAUGUGACUCGAUGACAAAUAAACGCGUUCUCGUGCGCGUCGCGAGGGUCGACGCGAAGCUCGAACCACAAAUUGGUUUCGAGUCAAACACAGACACAGGCCACGGGGAUGUUGAAAACACGGAUACGGGUAUAAGCGUUGUGUCUCGUGCUUCAUCCCGCCCCCCACCAUGACACGAAGCCCUUCGCAUUUAUCCCUCGACGGGGUCGAAGACAACUAUUCCUGCACAGAGGAGCCUGAGGCCCUCCACACGAAUGAAUGCAACCACCCUUCCGCCGAGCCUAAAUCCCUCAACCCAAACGAACGUAAUAACCCCUCCGUCGAGCCUGACUCCCACGACGCAAUCCAAACCAACAAAUCCUCCAUCGAGCCUGGCUCUAUCAUCGAGAUGGGUCCUGGUGACUUGAAAGAGACGGAGCCAGGUUGGAUUGAUGCCGCCAAAAAUCCAAGAUUCCAAGUCGUGCCUCCCGAAAGUCGCGUGCGGGACCCCAAGGCGAAUUACCCCUUCGAUCGCACACAAAUCAGAGGUCGCACCAUCUACACCCCGAAUGGAGAUGACCAUCCAGCACAUCCACCACAACUCCAACAGGGACCCAGACCCCUUGAAGAUUAUUAUACCAAGGCGGCGGAUGGAUCCAUUGUAUGGGCAACGACUGAGGAGGAAGGAACCACGCCACCGACGCCCAAGGAGACGCCCAGGGAGACGCCAAAGGCGACACCUAGGGAGAUCCUGUGGUGGAUAAAUUCCCUCAUCGACUACCACAGAGAAACAUUUCCGGGGUACACAGCAGAACAGGAGAGUGAACUUUGGGCCGAGUUCAGCACAAUCGAUACACGAUGCGAAAUGUGUAAGCGAAGGGCCAAGAACGUUUACGAGUUGCAACUGCACCUAGACAGUUGCGAUUGGAAAAGGACAGGCGGCCUGGCGAUGGACAAGAAGAGGAGAAUACGGUGGACGAAUGUUGAGCGUAGUAGUGACGUGUGGUAUAGUAAGAGGUGUAUAAUCAUGUGAUAUACAUUUGAAUCCGUGCAAACGGAAGCAAAUGGGUGUGGAUGAACGUACUGACUUCAUGCGAGCUCUUCAACGGAUUGUAUGGAGUGAAAUAAUAUUAUUCGUGCGAAGUUUGAUGGAUUGAGUAAUACAUGGGGGCGUGCGAAGUAUAUGGACAAAAACGACGGAUAUCGGCCCAAUGACCUGUAUAACAUGUAGAUAUCAGCACAAAACUAACCGACACACCUAAACCGGGAUACCUGGAUUGUGGACAACAUCGAAAUUGGGAGAAAUAGACGCAAACACAGCCUCAUUGAACCGAGGUCAGGAUACACAAGUGCAAACUCGAGGCAUUUACAUAACGCCGAAGCGUCCCGGACGCGUCGUAACAUUGGACUCCCACAGUCGCCAGUGACCACACCAGCACCCACAGCUCUAACACGUCAACAUCCAGCCUAUAACGGCAGCACUCGCACACAAUCACGACAUGGCAAGUAGCUCGUCCGACACGAGAAGGAUUGAAGCCGAAGAUGAUGAGAUCAUUGUAUUGGGCGCCACCAUGCCCGCUUGGUAUGUCCAUUCUGGGCACAACCAGACAUCCCUGCGGCCCCUAAUUCCUUCUGCGUACAGCCCAAACGACCAACCCCAACAGGAACAAGGUCAAGAGCAACCUCAAGCGAGACUAUUGCUCACCCACGAGAUGCUGCUCCACGGAGUAGUGGGCCGCACCCCCGACCAUGGAGGGGUGCUCGCACCCACUGACCCUUCUGCACUCGUGAGGCCUUUCCUACUACUGCCAAACUAUCGGAGAGGUGUGCUCACCUUCACUACUACCCGACACAGGACGGUGCUAGGCUUGAGUCCACCGAGGGUGCCACCCCGCUUGGCGACGCACAAAGCGUCGAGGCACCAGUGCCCUCCAAUGGCUCCCAGGUCCUCGACCACCUCAAUCUCUUCUCGGCCUCCCUCGACGACUCUUCUCCCUGGGAACUGCCCACACUUGCACCCACCCUCGCGAUUAGCAAUGCGAACCCAUCCUACUCUUUCCUCGAUGAGGCAGAUGGCGACACAGCCUCGACUGCCUCAUACCAUGCACCUAGGGUCAUUUCCCGACUUCGAUGCCCGAUGUCCCCAUCGCACCGUCUGCACCCUCCAACACCGACGCCUCAACGAAUGGCGUUGCUCCACCCCACCCCUACUCUUCAAGCGAUACGAAUGCUAUUGUGCCGGACGUGGAGAUUUUGAUGGAGUAUCAAGAGCGCGACUUGGACGAGGGAACGUAUUCUCUGCUCUUCGCUCCCAACCGCGGCGGAAUACACAACCUCCUCUACACGGGCGAUUGCGUGUGUCCAACGGAUACGGGACACCCCGCCGUCGACGACAGAUACGCUGCCUGCAUCCCUGGCAUAGACUCCUGGGCAAUUCCCUCCCCCAUCACGCCUACUACGACUAUCCACUCUGACUUCGGUGACGAUGAUGGAGCCGAGCUCGCACUCACGCCGAUUUCCAUUCCCGACAAUAGUCUGAGUGUGGACGGUCCUCCUGCGGAGAUGCGAGGCGAUCCACCAUUCGAGGGAGAAGCUGAGGCGGAGAGAGCGCGAGGUCGAGAGGCUAAGAGGGUGGAAGUGCAGAGAGAGGAGACGGUGGCAGAGGAGAGCGAUGAGAUGGCCGCUGCUGCGCCGGGCACGGGAUACAAGCGGAAGCGCAACGGGCGGCAGGUGCACCACGCGACUGGGAUUGACGACGAGUUCUCCGACGACGAGGUCGUGAAGAAGACCGGUCCAGCCGACAGGAGACGGCGCGCCAACGGGGGGAACAACAACGUCUAUGACACGACCACCACUACUACCCCUGGGCCCACAGCCCAUUCGACCCGUCCGAAGACUAUCGCCCCGUCCAGGAAGGAGAGCCUCGAAGAGAACGGUACAGAGGACAGUACCUCCGAUAGCGAGAGUGACUCCAGGGCUGUUCAGCGUGCGGAGAUGGGGCAAGAGGGAGUGAUGGAUGUCGAUUUGACUGGGACGUGGGUGGAGGGUCUUGAACAGAAGACCGAGGAUGGAUACACCAUGGUCGAAAUACAAGACGAGAGAACAGGCACAAGGACCUUGCUCGCCAUGUCAAGUUCUACGAUGCUCCAGUGGCGUGCGAUAAAUGCGAUGCGGUUCUCAGUAGGGGGGACGCGCUAAAGAGGCAUAAGAAGGAGAGUUGCGAGGCGCAGGAGAACAAGAAGCGGAGGCGCCGUGGAUACGCACUGAGCCGCUCGAAUUUCUUCCCAUUUACGUGGACGAUUUGGAUAACACAACGAUAUCUGUAGGACUACUCCUUGUUUCUGUUUGAACAUGUACGAUUAUUGGGCUUUAUUUGCCCCGUUCUUCACUAGCGAUAUCAAGUCCAAGGAUACAAUCAUAGCAAGGAUAGUCACACAUAUUUCAGAAAGAAAACGCGAUAAAAUUAGGGCC